AAAUAAAAGAAAGCCCAGCAAGGCCCAUGUAAUCGCUAUACUUAAAAACCCUUCGCUUCUUCAAAAUUUAGGGUUUGUGAGAGAAGCCGGCUUUGUAGUCACAGAAGAAGAAGAACAGCAGAAGAAGCAGGCAAUGGCGAGGAUUAAGGUCCAUGAGCUGAGGCAGAAAUCGAAGACUGAGCUUUUGGCUCAGUUGAAAGAUCUCAAAGCUGAACUUGCUCUUCUUCGCGUUGCCAAAGUUACCGGCGGUGCACCUAACAAGCUUUCGAAGAUCAAGGUGGUGAGGCUGUCCGUUGCUCAGGUAUUGACAGUAAUCUCACAGAAGCAGAAGGCUGCACUGAGGGAGGCAUAUAAGAAUAAGAAGUUCUUGCCCCUUGACCUGCGUCCCAAGAAGACCCGAGCUAUCCGCAGAAGGCUUACCAAGCACCAGGUAGCUGCGUCCUUGCAUUUUGUUCUACAUAGAGAACUAACAACGGUUUUGAUUUUUCGUGUAUAUGCUCCGUUUUUUUUGUAUUUGAAACUUCUAAUGUUUUGCUUGGCAGGCAUCAUUGAAGACUGAAAGGGAGAAGAAGAAGGAAAUUUACUUCCCAAUGAGGAAGUAUGCCAUUAAGGUGUAGGGUAGGGACUCAUUCUAUUUACAUUUCAAUAGUCCUCUACUUUCUAGCUGUUUUGUUCGUAAAACUCUAGUUGUGAUUUCGUUUGAUUUUAGUGUUUUUGAACCUUUUCUCUCUUAUCGAAACCAAGAUUCUGAUC